UCAAAAGCCAAAAGAAUUUCUUACCGGGGCAAAAGAAAAACAAAACGAAACAAAACGUGAAAGUUCAGCGCUUUGGAGCUCGGUGGUGCUCUUCCUCUCUGAUUUUCGAAUUGGGUUGUUGCAAUGAUAGAAAGGAGUGGUAUCAUUCGGUUGAAAGGGUGGCAGCAGGCUGCAGUUGCAGUUGGUUCUGCAGUUGGGGCAUUGCUAGAUCCUCGAAGAGCAGAUCUUAUCGCUGCUUUGGGUGAGACAACAGGGAAACCAGCUUUUGAUAGGGUUCUUGAAAGGAUGAAGAAGAGCCCUGAAGGCAGAAUUCAUACAAAGAAGAGGAAUCGACUAACCUUGAAGCGCCUCCAUAAUCUAGUGUUCAUAAAAUACAAUAGAGCAUUGAGGCGUCGCUACAACCACCGCAAUCUAAUUGAUCCAAUUCUUUUGGACAAUAUUGAUGAGGCUAAUGAGUGGCUAACCGGAGUCCCCGAAAAUUGUGAAGAUGAAGAAGUAUUUGAAGGCGAUUCUAAUUUCACUUGGGGUGAUGUUGCGGUUGCUAGUGGAGUUGGGGAGAAUCCUUAUGGUUUAAGGGGGAAUACUUCAAGUUCAAGCUCGAUUAGGAAGGGAAAAAGUGUGGCUACUACAAGUCGAUCCCUAUCCCUAAUUGAUGAAGAUGAAAGUGAUCAUGAAGAGGAAGAGGAGGGGGAAGAAGAAGAUGACGAGCAAUAUGAAGAUAAUAGAGGAAUUCAAGAUUUUGACAAUCUUGAAGAAGAACAAGAAGAGCAGAAGAAUAAGAUGUUGAUUCUAGUAAAUUAGUAGCUUUGAUUUUGCUUGUCCUAUGCUUUGUGGAGGAUUUGGUGGUACCUAGUACCUACUUUUAAGUUUUUAAAUUGAACUUUUUGAUUAUUUAUAAUUUUAUGUUAUGUCUUUGUUAAAGAAUUGCGCUUCACUUUAAUAGAGCGUGCGCUUCGCUUUUGAAGCGAGGCGAGCCCUUGUCGCUUUUUUGCGCUUCUCGCUCUUAAAAACACUGAUCACUCCUUUCAAUGACCUCCAAUUUGAUUGUGCAUUUGUUAACCAUACUCAUCAUGACUAGUGCUUAAUCUCUCUUGAUGCAACACUAAAAAACCAAUUUCUUGAGUGCUCUCUGAUAAUAUGACUCUGAUUUGCCUAGUUCAUACUUCUCGUUUUCUUUCAUGUUAAGCAAGUACAAAGAUUUCAGCAUCUUUUUGAGAAAGAAGUGACAACUUCUAUUGAGGAUUAGCUUUCCACACAGGCAGAUAAAGAUGUCUGAAUUCUGAAGACACCACAUCAGUUAUUUUAUAUGCGUAAAUACCUUAUUUUUACCAACAUGCUGCAUACAACCUUCUUGAGGCGUAUAAAAUAAUUGAGGUGCCAGAGCAUCUGCUGUGCUCUCUCAUAUGCCUUGAGAUGGGAAUCUAGAUCUCUGAGGCCAUCUGCCACUGCUGAUUUAACUCUCCGAAGUGUCUCUUUUGCCUCACCAACUCUCCCUUGUUUCAUCAAGCAAAUACCCAAAUUGCAAUGUGUUGUUUUCUAGUGCAAUCACUACCCUCUUGUAAGCAUCCCCUGCUUCAAUGUAGUUAUUUUGUUGCAUCAUUGUCCACCUUAAGAUUUGAGAUUUCAGCUAUUUUUUCUUUAGAAUGGUAACAUUGUAUUCAUCAGUACAAAAUGUACUGGCAACAGUAUUUACAAGCUACAACCCUUACAAGGCUUCCAAAAAUUGCAAAAUAGAUUCAGCAUCUACUGCAGAAGAGUCUUUACACCAAAAGUGAAGAUUUAAAAUACAAUUCAUGCUAACUACUUGAAUGGAGCUGCUAGUAUCUUCAAUUUGAGAUUUCGGAUAUUUUGGAAUCUUUAUAUCGCUUACACCAUGUACCUAACUGAAAGCAUUGUGAACUUGCCUAUACCUGUUUGAGGCAUGUAUCCAGGUGUUGAGGUACACCUAGGUACAACUUUAGAGCAUUGAUAGCUUGAUGCAAGGCGCAGAUAGGGGCUCGCUUAUGCGGUGAACAAUGUGGCUCAAGCAAAGGCUGAGAUACUCUUAGCUGUGUCUUUCUUCUCUCUUGCUUUCCUAGUGAGUCAUUAUGUUUUGUCCUAGCUCAAACAAAUAAGCCACUGUCUGUCAUGCUUCUGGUCAUCUUUCUUGUCUUAUAAAGUUUGGGGUCUCUAUGUCUGUAUAUGCUAGCAACCUGUACCAAUUCUGAUAGAGCUAAUCGUUACAAGGAAGAUCGUACUAACAUACAGCUAGGGCAACUUUAAUGUUAGUAUCAGAAGUGGGAUAGGAGUAAAUUAUGCAAAAUCUUAUGGUUGUCCAGUUUUGCCACUGUACUGUCAGGUUACUUUGACAAUUUUGAGUAUUUCAGAUGACUGACAUCAAAGCUUAUGAAAUGUGUUUAAUUGUUUGCCAUUUUAUUAGACUACUCACUAUCUCAGUUGGCUCUUUUCAUCCUUUCUUUUUUAAAGUUGUCUAUAAUUA